CCUCCCUCCCUCGCUCUCCCCGGUAAAGUCUCGCGGUGCUGCCGGGCUCAGCCCCGUCUCCUCCUCUUGCUCCCUCGGCCGGGCGGCGGUGACUGUGCACCGACGUCGGCGCGGGCUGCACAGCCGAGUCCGCCCGCCCGCCAGCAUGGCCACCACUGCCACCUGCACCCGCUUCACCGACGACUACCAGCUCUUCGAGGAGCUCGGCAAGGGUGCUUUCUCUGUGGUCCGCAGGUGUGUGAAGAAAACCUCCACGCAGGAGUAUGCAGCAAAAAUUAUCAAUACCAAGAAGUUGUCUGCCCGGGAUCACCAGAAACUAGAACGUGAGGCUCGGAUAUGUCGACUUCUGAAACAUCCAAACAUCGUGCGCCUCCAUGACAGUAUUUCUGAAGAAGGGUUUCACUACCUCGUGUUUGACCUUGUUACCGGCGGGGAGCUGUUUGAAGACAUUGUGGCCAGAGAGUACUACAGUGAAGCAGAUGCCAGCCACUGUAUUCAUCAGAUUCUGGAGAGUGUUAACCACAUCCACCAGCAUGACAUUGUCCACAGGGACCUAAAGCCUGAGAACCUGCUGCUGGCGAGUAAAUGCAAGGGUGCCGCUGUCAAGCUGGCUGAUUUUGGCCUAGCCAUCGAAGUGCAGGGAGAGCAGCAGGCUUGGUUUGGUUUUGCUGGCACCCCAGGUUACUUGUCCCCUGAGGUCUUGAGGAAAGAUCCCUAUGGAAAACCUGUGGAUAUCUGGGCCUGCGGGGUCAUCCUGUAUAUCCUCCUGGUGGGCUACCCUCCCUUCUGGGAUGAGGAUCAGCACAAGCUGUAUCAGCAGAUCAAGGCUGGAGCCUAUGAUUUCCCAUCACCAGAAUGGGACACGGUAACUCCUGAAGCCAAGAACUUGAUCAACCAGAUGCUGACCAUAAACCCAGCGAAGCGCAUCACGGCUGACCAGGCUCUCAAGCACCCGUGGGUCUGCCAACGAUCCACAGUGGCAUCCAUGAUGCAUCGUCAGGAGACUGUGGAGUGUUUGCGCAAGUUCAACGCCCGGAGAAAACUGAAGGGUGCCAUCCUCACGACUAUGCUUGUCUCCAGGAACUUCUCAGUUGGCAGGCAGAGCUCCGCCCCCGCCUCGCCUGCCGCGAGCGCCGCCGGCCUGGCCGGGCAAGCUGCCAAAAGCCUAUUGAACAAGAAGUCAGAUGGUGGUGUCAAGAAAAGGAAGUCGAGUUCCAGCGUGCACCUAAUGCCACAGAGCAACAACAAAAACAGUCUCGUAAGCCCAGCCCAAGAGCCCGCGCCCUUGCAGACGGCCAUGGAGCCACAAACCACUGUGGUACACAACGCAGCAGAUGGGAUCAAGGUGAGUGGCUCCCGAGCCUGUCUCCUGCUUUCCAGGUCAGCAGGAGACAGGUGAGCUGGGUCCCAGGGG